UACGUGAAAAGUGAUUCUAUUAGGAGAAAAAUAAGCAUGAGAAAACAUCAUGCGCUUAAUUCUGGGCCAGUCAAAAGAGGGCGUUAUCUAUAUCCAACAUAAACCUUUAUGAGAAGCAAAAAUAAACUGAUUUUUGUCUGCAAAAAUGGCAGCUACUUCACUCUCACUGAGUCUUGGGCUUCCAUCAGCAGCCAACAAUUUGAAUAGGCAUGCUGCAUUGAACAUUAUCACAUGCGAAAGCACAUCCCCUAAUCAAGAGAGAAGUUGCACGAGGAGGCCAUUUCUAUUGGGAGCAGGAGCUCUUUCUUUGAGUUUAUUACCCGCGAGUGCCCUUCUUGCCCAAGGGAAACCGGAGAACUAUGAAAUCUUUGUUGACAAACAAGAUGGCUAUUCAUAUUACUAUCCAUCAGAUUGGAGGGAAUUUGAUUUCAGAGGUCAUGAUUCUGCGUUUAAGGAUAGAUACCUACAACUUCAAAAUGUGCGACUAAGUUUUAUACCAACUGAUAAAUCAGAUAUCCAUGAUUUGGGGCCAAUGGAAGAGGUUGUGCCCAAUCUUGUAAAACAUGUGUACUCUGCACCAAAUCAGGUGGCAAACAUAAUGGAAAUGAAGGAGAGAACUACGGACGGGAAAAACUAUUGCACAUUUGAGUAUGUAUUGACAUCUCCAAAUUUUUCUCGGGCAGCAUUCGCUACCAUAGCAAUUGCAAAUGGGAGACACUACACACUAAUCGUGGGAGCAAAUGAAAGGCGAUGGAGAAAAUUCCGUAACAAACUUAAAGUGGUGGCUGACUCAUUUCAAGUCCUGGACAUUUAGAAUUGCUCUCAUAUGCUGCCAAUCAUGCAGUCUUGUGAAACAGGCAGUCAUGGAUUGUCUAUGUAUGCUCUUGCAAUUGAAUAUAUAUAUAUAUAUAUAUAUAUAUA